AUGGAGAAGGUGCGGAUCAAAGGAAUGGUAGCCUCUGAAGACCAUGAAAGGAAAAAGAGGCGACGGGAAAGGAGUAAGAUUGCAGCUGCCAUGUGCCGGAACAAGGAGAAGCUUGAGUGCCUGCAGAAAGAAUCAGAGAAGCUGGAGAGUGUGAAUGCCACUGAAGAGCUCAAGAAUGAGAAGGAUCAUUUGAUAUACAUGCUGAACCUUCACCAGCCCAUGUGUAUCGUCCAGGCUCAGAACAGGCAGACUCCAGAAGAUGAAAGAAACUUCUUUAUCCAACAGAUAAAAGAAGAGACAUUGCAGAGCUAA